AGCGAUUAUCCUUCUUAAUUGAUAUACUUACUUUCUAUUCAUAAUGCCGAGUGUCAAGGAAAAAAUUCUAUCUUUGAAGAGUAAUGAAAGAUUCAUAUCUUUCGAGUUUUUCCCUCCAAAGACGGAUGCAGGGUUCCGUAACUUAUUGGCUAGGUUAAGUCGUAUGCUGGCUUUGAAUCCCUUAUUUAUUACAGUUACCUGGGGUGCUGGUGGUUCAACUAGUGAAAAGUCAUUGGAUUUGGCUGCUACUUGUCAAAAAGAAUUGGGUCUCACCACUGUUUUACAUUUGACUUGUACAAAUACUAAUAAAGAAAUCAUUGAUGAUGCUUUAUCAAAGGCCAAAUCAAAUGGGAUAAGAAAUAUUUUAGCAUUAAGAGGUGAUCCUCCAAGAACUGAAGAAUACUGGACUCCUAAUUGUGAUUUCAAUAAUGCUGUUGACUUGGUAAGAUAUAUAAAACAACAGUAUGGUGACUAUUUUUGUAUUGGGGUAGCAGGUUAUCCUGAAGGUCAUGUUGACGGUUCUGAUAAUUCACAACAAAGUAUUGAAAAAGAUAUUCCUUACUUGAUAGAAAAAAUUGAAGCAGGUGCUGAUUUUAUCAUCACUCAAUUAUUCUUUGAUGUUGAUAAAUUUUUAAAUUACGAAAAAGUUUUAAGAUCAUAUCCUCAACUUUCAAAUAUAAUUUUGAUUCCUGGUUUAAUGCCAAUCACUACGUAUAAAGUUUUCACCAGAUCAACAAAACUUUCUCAUGCCUCUGUUCCUGAUGAUAUUGCAACUAAAUUACAUGAUGCAAGUGUUGAUGAUGAUAAAGUUAAGUCUUUAGGUAUUGAUAUCAUUGAUGAUAUAAUCACUAACAUUAAUAAUCAUACUGAUAAUCGUAUAAGAGGUUAUCACUUUUAUUGUUUGAAUUUAGAAAAAGCUGUCGCAUCAAUCAUUAAUAAAUCAAAUGUUUUAUUACCGAUAAUGGAUCUUCAUGAAUCAGUUGAUAAUAAUGAUGACGCCAUUGCUUCAGAUUCUGAUGACGACUUGGAUGCUAACCAAGUUAGAAUGAACAGAAGAAAAUCUUCAAUCGUUAAUGAAAACGAACCCUCAACUUCAAAACAAGAUGUCUUAAAUGGUCAAAAAAGUCUAAUUGGUAAAGCAUUAUUAGACGAUAAGAAAACUUUGGUUGAUAUAAGUAUCGGUAAAGGUGCUUUAGGUAAAGAUGCUACUUGGGAUGAAUUUCCAAAUGGUAGAUUUGGUGAUUCAAAUUCUCCUGCUUAUGGUGAGAUUGAUGGUUAUGGUCCAACUUUAAAACUUCAUUCAACUAAAGAAAUUGAAAAUACUUGGGGCUCUCCUGAAUCUACUAAAGAUAUUAUAAGAGUCUUUAUUGACUAUUUAUCGAAUAAAAUUGAUUUAUUACCCUGGGUAGAUACUGAGCUUAGUCCUGAAACCGCCUUAAUUCAAGAAGAAUUAUUUGAAUUAAAUAAUAAAGGUUGGUUCUCCCUAGCCUCUCAACCAGCUGUUGAUGGCUGCAAAUCAUCCGAUAAAAUUUUUGGUUGGGGUCCUUCGAAUGGUGUCAUAUAUCAAAAACCUUUUGUUGAAUUAUUCGUUCCUAAAAAAGAUUGGAAUGAUAUAAUAUAUCCUCGCAUGAAGUCUUGGUUUGACUCAAAAGUCGUUACAUAUUAUCUUGGUGAUUGUCAAAAUAAAAUUACUUCAAAUUUAUCUAUUGGACCUAAUUCCCAUAAUAGUAAAAGUGCUAUCACUUGGGGUGUUUUCCCUCUGAAAGAAGUUUUACAACCAACAAUUAUAGAUUACGAAUCAUUCAAAGCUUGGAAUGAAGAAGCAUUUUUACUUUGGUUGGAAUGGGCUAGAUGCUAUAAGAAAACAACCAAAUCUUUCGAAAUAUUAAAUAAUGUCUAUAACGAUUAUUAUUUAGUCAGUUUAAUUCAUCAUGAUUUCAAAAAUGAAUCUGGUUUAUGGGAUGCCUUGCUCGGUAAUGAAUAA